AUGAACUUCGCCUGUCUCUCUUCAAUGUAUGGCUUGGCGAAGACCACUUCGGGAGAGGGGCUGGAUGGGCCAGGAGCGGCGGGGAUAUUCCUACAGACCAACAGCUCUCGACAUCUAGCCAUGGUAGGAACCACGGCCGUCCUGCACUGCCACACUGGAGACAUCGGCGAGAGCGUGGUGUCAUGGAUCAGGCGUAGGGACUACCACCUCCUCACCGUCGGCCAACACGCGUAUAGCAGUGACGAGCGAUUCCAGGUCCGCUAUGUCAAGCAGGACAAUGACUGGCAGCUUCACCUCCGCUACGUGCAGGUGCGGGAUGCAGGAGAGUACGAGUGCCAGGUGUCGUCGCAUCCUGCCACGAGCCUCUUCUCCACACUGCAAGUCGUCGAGCCGACGGCGGAGAUCCUCGGAGGCCCGGAGAAAUACAUCAGGCGGGGCAGCUCCCUCCGCCUCGUAUGUCUCCUCAGGCACUACGAGACUCCCCCGGACUACGUGUUCUGGUACAACGGCGAGAGGAAGAUGAUCAACUACGACCAGCAGGUGACGGUAGAGACCAACAGUACAUGCAGCGUCCUCACCAUUCAGGAUGUUCAGUUCACAGACAACGGAAGGUACGCAUGUCACCCGGCCAACGCCCAACCAGCCAGCAUCCUCAUCCAUGUGUUGAACGGCGGUGAGACUCCGGCCGCCAUCCACUCGCCGGCCGCCCGUGCCGCCCUUCCCUGUCUGCCCCUGCUGCUGCUGUUGCUACUGCUGCUUAGCCUCGCCAACAUCUCCCAUCAGGUGGUGGUGGUGAGGGACGCCCAGUACCGAAUACGGCGCAUGCGCACGUACCGGCAGGAGCCCUUGUCGCCGUGCCGUGAGAUAUGUCCUUCUGUGUGA